UCCCGCGGCAUCCAGGCUGCCUGGCAGUGGGAGCCGGACGGCAUGGAGGGGACUCAGAGCGUCUCCUUGGUGCUGCUGCUUCCCCUGCUGCUGCCACUGGGCCCAGCUUGGCACGCGGCUGCUCAACGCUGCCCGCAGACGUGUGUUUGCGACAAUUCCAGGCGGCAUGUUGCCUGUCGGCACCAGAACCUCACUGAGGUGCCAAACGUCAUCCCCGAGCUGACUCAGCGCCUGGACCUCCAAGGCAACAUGCUGAGGGUGAUCCCCCCGGCUGCGUUCCGGGAGCUGCCUUACCUGACCCAUCUGGACCUGCGGCACUGCCAGGUGGAGCAGGUGGCCGAGGGCGCCUUCCGGGGCCUGGGCCGCCUGCUCCUCCUCAACCUGGCCUCCAACCGCCUGCGCUCGCUGCCCCAGGAAGCCCUGGACGGGCUGGGCUCACUGCAGCGGCUGGAGCUGGAGGGGAACAUGCUGGAGGAGCUGCGGCCGGGGACGUUCGGGGCCCUGGGGGCGCUGGCCACCCUGAACCUGGCCCACAACGCCCUCGUCUACCUGCCGGCCAUGGCCUUCCAGGGGCUGACGCGCGCCCGCUGGCUGCAGCUGGCCCACAACGCGCUCAGCGUGCUGGCCCCCGAGGCCCUGGCCGGCCUGCCCGCCCUGCGCCGGCUCAGCCUGCACCACAACGAGCUGCAGGCCCUGCCGGGGGCCGCCUUGGCCCAGGCCCGCGCCCUGGCCCGCCUCGAACUGGGCCACAACCCCUUCACCUACGUGGGCGAGGAGGACGGGCUGGCGCUGCCGGGCCUCCGCGAGCUGGCGCUGGACCACGGCGCCCUGCAGGCGCUGGAGCCCAGGGCCUUCGCGCGCUGCCCGCGCCUGCACACGCUGGACCUCCGGGGGAACCAGCUGGCCGGCCUGCGCCCCCUGCAGGGCCCCGGGCAGCUGCGCCGGCUGAGGCUGCAGGGGAACCCUCUGUGGUGCGGCUGCCGGGCCCGGCCGCUGCUCGAGUGGCUGGCGCGGGCGCGGGUGCGCUCGGACGGCGCGUGCACGGGCCCCCGGCGCCUCCGAGGCGAGGCCCUGGACGCCCUGAGGCCCUCAGACCUGCGCUGCGCGGGAGGCAGGCCGGAGGCCGAGGAGGAGGCGGAGGAGGAGGAGCGGCGGCGGGCGGCUGCGCGGCCCCGCGGCCCCGCGGGCGCCCCCGGGGAGGCCGACGGCGCGGCCGGGCCCUGCCCGCGGGCCUGCGCGUGCGUCCCCGAGUCCCGGCACAGCGGCUGCGAGGGCCGAGGCCUGCAGGCCGUGCCCCGCGGCUUCCCCGGCGACACGCAGCUCCUGGACCUGAGGCGGAACCACUUCCCCGUGCUGCCCCGCGCGGCCUUCCCGGGCCUGGGCCGCCUCGUGUCGCUGCACCUGCAGCACUGCGGCAUCGCGGAGCUGCAGGCGGGCGCCCUGGCGGGGCUGGGCGGCCUCCUCUACCUCUACCUCUCCGACAACCGGCUCUCGGGCCUCAGCGCCGCUGCCUUCGAGGGCGCCCCCCGCCUCGGCUACCUGUACCUGGAGCGCAACCGCUUCGGGCAAGUGCCCGGGGCCGCCCUGCGCGCCCUGCCCAGCCUCUUCUCGCUGCACCUGCAGGGCAACGGCCUGGGCGGCCUGGAACCCGGGGACCUGGCAGGCCUGCAGGCCUUGCGCUGGCUCUACCUGAGCAGCAACCGCAUCGCCCGGGUGGCCCCUGGGGCGCUGGGCCCCGCUCGCGAGCUGGAGAAGCUGCACCUGGACAGGAACCGACUGCAGGAGGUGCCCACUGGCGCCUUGGAGGGGCUGCCUGCCCUCCUGGAGCUGCAGCUCUCGGGGAACCCGCUUGAAGCCCUGCCGGAUGGGGCCUUCCGGCCUGUGGGCGCCUCGCUGCGGCACCUCUUCCUGAACAGCAGUGGCCUGGAGCAGAUUUCUCCAGGGGCCUUUGCGGGCCUGGGGCCCGGGCUCCAGAGCCUCUACCUGCAGAAGAACCAGCUGCAGGCCGUGCCGGCCCUGCCCCAUCUCAGCCAGCUAGAGCUCAUCGACCUUAGCGGCAACCCCUUCCACUGUGACUGCCAGCUGCUCCCCCUGCACAGGUGGCUCACUGGGCUGAACCUGCGGGUGGGGGCCACGUGUGCCAGCCCUCCCAGUGCCCGCGGCCAGAGGGUGAAGGCUGCGACGGCUGUCUUUGAAACCUGCCCGGGCUGGGCUGCCAGGAAGGCCAAGCGGACGCCGGCCACCAGGCCCAGCGCCAGGAGCAGCCCCAGGACGGGGAGACGGAGGAGAGCAGACAAGGUGGGGAAGGAGAAGGGCCGCCUCUGAGCACCGGUGCAGGCCGGCCCUGCCGGGACCCCGCCCG